GCCGCCUCACCGUCCUCUUUUUAGCUUUCUCCUAUCCUCAUAUUUGAGGAGGACGUGGGCAAGCAGCAAGCAAUUAGUCCAGGCGGAGAAGGCGGAGAAGGCGGAGAACGCAUAGGUUGGCCGCCGAUGAAGAGGACGACGAGCUUCUCGGAGUUAUCGCCGCCUCUUCCGGCGUGCUCGCCGCCGCCGUGCCAACCUUCGUCGGACGACAAGGGCUCGGAUGUAAUUAAAUCGUUGCUGGAUCGGAUAAGGAGGAACUCAAUUGAUUUGUCAUCACUGAAUCUCACCAAUGCGGCCCACUUCCUCAACACUUGCGGUUUCUGCAAGCGCCGCAUCGGUCCCGGCAUCGAAACCUUCAUCUACAGGGUUUAUCAAAUCCUAUUAAAUUUGGACUUAUCAAACGUUUGGGGCAAUGGCGAGCGACUAUGAGCGAUGCCUGUGAAU